AUGGGUUGCACUGGAAGAAGCCGUAUUGCAUGCUGUAAGUCUGAGCGCCAAGAUGCCACCGACAAGCCCACGCGACACCUGUUCCUCGGAAACAUAAACGCUUACCAUUUCCUUUCCCUAUGCAGCUACUUGACUCAUGGGUCAUGGUCAUUGCUUUGGCUGGUUCAGCUAGGUAUCCUUCGGUUACAGAAACGCAAGCUCACGUGGGAUGCUUUCUGGCGGCGCCACGUCUUUUUCCUUCGCACCACUGCGCAGAUGGUAGAAUCCCAGGAAGUACAUCUAAGCACUCGCGCGUCCACCCGGUCUCCAGUGCGCUAUAUGCUGAAGACCACCGCCUUUGUAACCACUGCCCUCACAAUCGCCGGAGGAUCAUGGUACGUGGCAGUCAAUAUGACCACUCCCAGCGACCUCACGGCCAUCUACAACUGUUCGGCGUUCUUCGCAUAUGCCUUUUCGAUUCCGCUCUUGAAGGAGAAACUUCGGGUUGACAAAGUUUUUUCCGUGGCUGUGGCUACCAUCGGUGUUAUGGUCGUUGCCUACGGGGAUAGGCCUAACAGGAAGGUCUCAAAAGGAGGCACUGAUGAGAACGGGGCGCAGAACAGAUUACUCGGAAACAUCAUAAUCGGCGUUGGAAGUAUUCUCUAUGGGCUUUACGAGGUGCUUUAUAAACGAUUUGCUUGCCCUCCGGAAGGCACCAGCCCAGGCCGGGGCACGAUUUUUGCCAAUACUUUUGGAAGUCUCAUCGGGGUUUUUACCCUGUUAGUACUAUGGAUCCCAUUGCCAUUUUUGCACUGGACGGGAUGGGAGACAUUUGAAUGGCCGACUGGCGAGGCAGCAUGGAUGCUGCUCAUCUCCGUCGGUGCCAAUGCUAGUAAGUACCAAACCAGCGUUUCAACACAGGCACAGAGGACCGAGACUAACACCAAGAUAGCAUUCUCGGGCUCUUUUUUAGUGCUCAUCUCCCUCACGUCACCCGUUCUAUCAUCAGUAGCCGCUCUUCUUACCAUUUUCCUUGUCGCACUGGUGGACUGGUUCCGAACCGGAGACUCUCUUUCGAUGGCCUCGAUUAUUGGGGGCGUUUUGAUCACGGUCGCAUUUUUCAUGUUGAGCUACAGCACGUAUAAAGAGAUGAAUGAGCAGCGAAAGAAACAUCUCGAGAACGAUGAGCUCGAGUCUGACAGUGAUGCAUAA